CUCUACUCUAUAAAUACGGCGAAAUCCCAAUUCAAACGAGACUCUCACCUUACUUUGUAAAAACUUCGAAUUCCUACCCAGAUAUAUCACCGGCGUUUCGUCCCCGGCGAAGAUUUUUCCUGGCCUAUCUUUGCAUUUAGCAGACCGGAGAAAGAUAUAUAAGAGAGGGCAGAUUUGAAGAGUUUACCGGUACGGUGAUUGAGACUUUGUGAAGAACGGUGAAAGGAAAGAGAGACAAGAGAAGAGGAACAGUUUUUGCCCUUUGGGAGUUGGGGUUGGCCUUCGGGGGUAAUAAAGGAGGAGGUAAUUAAACGAGGGAGGAGACAAUGUUUACGUGCAUAGCGUGCACGAAGCAAACGGGGGAGGACGGUGGAGAGGAAGGAGCGCGUGGGAGUGGCACCCCAGGCUCCGUCAAAAGCCUGACGGCGCAGAUCAAGGAUAUGGCAUUGAAAUUCUCUGGUGCAUACCGGCAAUGCAAGCCCUGCACAGGCUCCAGCAGCUACAAGAAAGGCGGCCAUCGGCCUUACCCAGACUUCGAUACGAUAUCAGAAGGGGUUCCAUACCCCUACCUUGGAGGAGCAAGUGCAAGCUCAACACCUGCAUGGGACUUCACAAAUCACCACCCCACAACAAGAUCUGACUCAAGAUUUAGUGGGGUAUUGAGAGGUGAUCAGACUCCUAGAGGAGUGUCUGUGUCUGCACAGUCUUGUGAUGUGGUGUUUGAGGAUGAGGAUGAGCCUAAGGAGUGGAUGGCACAGGUAGAACCAGGUGUUCACAUCACUUUCGUGUCCCUUCCUAAUGGUGGAAAUGAUCUUAAACGAAUACGCUUCAGCCGAGAGAUGUUUAAUAAAUGGCAAGCUCAGCAAUGGUGGGGUGAGAACUAUGACCGAAUCAUGGAGCUCUACAACGUCCAGAGAUUUAAUAGGCAAGCUCUUCACACUCCCCCGAGGUCUGAGGAUGAGCAGAGAGAUUCUUCAUACACAAGGCUUGGAUCAGCAAGGGAAAGUCCCAUGGCUUCAUCAUUGAACAAGGAGUGGACACCAAGGAGCCACUAUAGACCCUCUGGAAAUACAGGGUAUUACCCAGCUGAUCCGUUGGAUCAUGGUGGUGGCCACCAUUACAAUGCAGGAUCAUCCAUGGAUGCAUCGAGGACGACAACCUCUUCUCGGGAUGAAGCUUCUAUUUCUAUUAGCAAUGCCAGUGACCUGGAAACUGAAUGGGUAGAGCAAGAUGACCCUGGCGUGUACAUUACCAUCAGACAGUUAGCUGAUGGCACUAGGGAGCUUCGGCGUGUCAGGUUCAGCCGAGAAAAGUUUGGAGAGGUGAACGCAAAACAGUGGUGGGAAGAGAACAAAGAGAGAAUACAAGCUCAGUACCUUUAAAGACUUGAUUUAAACGAUAUACAUUACCACAGAUAAAAGUAUAAAGAAGUCAGGGUGCAUCUGCAUGCUGUAAUGGAGCCUUUAUAGAGAGAAUUGCAGGUAGACACCACAACUGAUGGUUAUAACCAUGUGUUCCAUCAUAACCUAUUAUGAUGGCUCUGUUUUGGGGUAAAGGCUCGUUUCCGUGAGAUGUCCAGAUGGGUCCUGUUUUUUCUUUGUUAUUGUUUUUAUGAUAAUGGUCACUAUUUAGUGAAAUAUUUUUGGGCCUACUUUUUUCCCACUUACAUAUAAGGGUUUGUUAUUUGAUA